CAUACCUACCUAAUUGACCGACUAUUUCUAUGAGUCUAUAGUUGUAUCAUAGAACAAUAAUGGUAUCCGAUACCGUAAUAUGAAAAACAAAAAAAAUAUGAACCAUAUAGUACGCGUUUUAACCGUGGUUUUAUAUAUCUUACAUCCUGUUUUUAUACUGCCUAUUAGGUUAUGUCGAAUUUUAAACGGUCUUAAAUCAACGGAAAAUUAAUUCGUUACUCUUGUAUUAGAUAAAAUAACUCAAACUAUCAGUAAGGAAGCGAGUAUCUACGGAUUUAAAAACUUUUAACGUCACCAUGUAGACGUAGUAAUGAAGUGUUCAUCAACGCUGUUAUCAUAAUAUCAAUAUUGGCAAAACAUCUAUAAUUAAUUUAAUCGUGGAUUACUCAUGGCUCACGUUCUUAAUAGUUUAUAAUUGUGCAAUGGCUGCAACUGCACUUCCGUAGUUCUGUUAAUGCAAUAACUCUUUCUCAGUGAUUCAUUUUUCAUCAUCUAUAUUCCAAUAUUCUAUUCGUGAUUUCAGUUAACGUGUGAGACGACAUAUAAUUAUUACAGUUUAUUGAUUUUACUUUUCUAAAUUUUCUUCGAAUAUUGUUGUAAGUAUUGUUGUAAAAUGGGUUAAACACUUAUUGUAUUCAUUUUGUUUAUAUUUUAUAGGUACUAAGCGAUUUGAAAAAAAUGUCAACAUACCAGGACUUUGGCCUAGCUAAACAAAAAUUAAAUAAUAUAUUUCUUGGUAUACUAGACUACGGGGUCAGAGCAUCUGAGCAUAUAAAUGAUUUAAUUGGGAUAUGUCCGGAUGUGAUCGAUAGAAAUGAAUUAAACUGUUUAUUGUAUUAUGAAUCUCAAGUCGAAGCAAUUUAUGAAGUAUUCACACAUGCUCACAUGAAAGUUGCUGUUUUUGGCAGAACAAGCAGUGGAAAGAGUACAGUUGUGAAUGCAAUGUUGAGAGAAAAUGUCCUCCCUAUUGGUAUUGGUCAUACAACUAACGGUUUUCUGCAAGUUGAACGGUCUCUUACUGGUAAUGCAUAUUUAAGUACUGAAGGUAUAUUACCUAUACAACAUAAUGUAGAAUCUGCUAGUUAUUUGGCACACGUAUUGAAAAACAUUAUUAAACCAAAUAAAAAAAAAUUGGUACAUGUGUAUUGGCCAAAAGAAAACUGUGGAUUUUUAAAAGAUGAUGUAGCAUUAGUUGACUCUCCAGGAAUAGAUACUACAUCAUGUUUGGAUGAGUGGAUUGGUGGUCAUUGCAUUAAUGCUGAUGCUUUUGUGCUAGUUAUUAAUGCUGAAUCCACAUUAAUAGAUUCUGUAAGCAUAUUGUAUAUAUUUAUUUUUGCUUAUAUUGUAGGCUCUGUAACAAUUAGGGUCGUAUUUAAGAGGAGGAGAAAUGAGUACAACUGUUCCAGUCGACAAAUAUUAGGGGGUAGUAAAUUUAUAAGGUGGUUGCAAAUCUGUUUACCAAAAUAUUUUUGUGUUCACUGUGAAUUAAUACAACUUUUGAAAAUAAAUUUUCUUCAUAAAGUUUCAAAAAAAUUACCAAACACAAAUAUAUUUAUAUUGAUUAACUGCCCGGAUGAAUCCGAGUUAUUUGACCAGGAACGUAAACAAAAAAUGAAGAAUAAUAUAAAUUUGCUGGAGAAGAAGUUAAAAGAAUAUACAUCGCAUAAGCCAUAUUCUCAAAUUUUUUUUAUUUCAGCUAAGGAAGUCUUAGAUUUCCGUGUAAAAGUACGCAGUGGACUACAGCCAAUUAUCAAACCAUUUAGUGAGAGAUAUUUGGAGUUUAUAGAUUUUGAAAGGCAAUUAGAGAAUUGUAUCUCAAGAUCAGCACUGUUAAAGUUUUUUAACUAUUCAAUGCAUGGGAAAUAUUUACUCUCAGAAAUGAACACAAUUAUGGAUAUAAUUAACAUCAGAAGUCAAGAACAAACACAUUUCAGCAUGAGUCAGAUAAAUGAAAUUCAAGAUAAAUUUAAUGUUACUGAAGAACACUUUGAAAAUAUAACAAAUCAAAAUUCACCAAUAACUGAUGCUGAUUAUUCAUUCAGUAGCUUUGAUGAUUCUUUGGCUGUGGAACCAAAUUUAUCUUCGAUAUCUCGUGUUUCAUCUAGGGAUGUAGGAACUCAAGGUUCAGUCUUAGGAGGAAUAGUUUUAGCAGGAUUUAUGUUUAAAACAAUUGGAUGGAGUUCGAUAAUAGCAGCUGGUGCUAUUUAUGGUGGUGUUUGUCUAUAUGAGUAUUUAUCCUGGACAACAAAAGCAAAAGAACGAUCAUUAAAAAAGCAAUAUAUUGAUCAUGCGAAUAGUAAACUUCAAUUGAGUGUUGCAAAUUAUAGUCGACAAGUACAGCAGGAACUUUCUACCACUUUUGCGCAAUCGGACCAAUUAUUUGACGAAUUCGCUAUUAAUCACAAUGGAGAAAUUAAAAAUGUGGAGUCCGAACCCAACAUAUUAACUAAAUCACCGGAAACUGCAAUGAUUUUUAUAAACAAUGAAGUGUAUUGGUUGAAUGAAGAUUUUAUUCAGUUGCACAGUUUUUUGAUGGACAGAAUAACAUUUUUUUGAUUAAGAAAUAAGUCAAAAAAUAAAUAACU